UUCGCUUUGGUUGCUCGUAAUCGCGAACUUAGAUUUUUCGAGUUUUUAUACGAAUCCACGCGCUGUUUUCAAACGAUUUUCUACAAAAAAGAUAGGAAGAUACUGAGACGUGGUAUCAAGAUGACCACGGCCGCUGCUCUUCUUUUUGCGUCUUAUACUGGCAUUACGGAUAUUUGCCACACUUUGGAUGAUAUCGACAAUGUUCUUUAUAUGACUUGCAAUACUGCCCUUGUCACCGUGGCAUUCGUGAAAUUUAUGAUAGUAUGCUUUUUCGAAGAUGAGAUCCAUGUGUUUGUGAAAUACGCCCAACGAAAUUUUUGGCAUUCGAAUUAUGAUGACAAUGAAGAAGUAGAAAUGACGAGGGCACGAAAUUUGUCCACUUUAACUCUCGGAUUAACCUAUGCUGCAUCUAUCGCUGUCGUUGGCAAUUACAUACUAACACCAAUCGUUAUGAACAUGAGAAGAGAUAAUAAUACGAGAAGGGCACUUAUUUAUAGGCUGUACUUCGAUUCAGUGUACGUUUCGCCAUAUUAUGAGAUGACAUUUCUGAUGCAGACGUUAAGCACAAUUCAGGUCGCCAUAACGUACACUUGCGUUGAAUCAUUAUUAUGUGUCUUCAAUCCAUACUUGAGUACUCAAUUUCGCAUAGUCGGAUACAGAUUGAGCAGUAUAUGGAAUGAAAACGACGGGGACAGUAAUUCCGUUGGUUACACGGACAAGUGUUACGCGCGUAUGAAGAAAUAUAUCCGACAACAUCAGGCGCUCAUCGAGUUCAGCAACGAGUUCGAGUCUGUAUUUCGAUUAAAUAUCUUCUUAUAUGUGUUGCUUAUCAGCAUGUUAAUGUGUCUGGGCGCGUAUCAAAUAUUCUUUGUAAGUGCGACGUUAUAUAAAAUAUUAACACUACAAUUAACGAGCACUCAGAUUAACUUUUGUAACAUUUUUAUCUGGGAACUCUGA